AAUUAUGCCGCUGUAAAAACGUCAUGUGCACAUUUUUUUUCUGAAAUCAACAGCUAUUUUCGUUUAUUUACAUCUUCCUUUAUUUUGGAAAUUAGAAAAAUGAUUUAAUAAUUACUCCUGAAUUAUGCUAAUUUCAAUAAUAAAAAGGAUUAAUUAUAAAGUUUCAAAAGGGAGAUUUUUUCACGAGAUGGCUGCUACCAACAACAAACCCUUCACCGUGUUCGUUGAGGGAAACAUUGGCAGCGGCAAAACGACAUUCCUGGAGCAUUUUAGACGAUUUGAAGAUAUCACAUUGCUCACCGAGCCUGUUGAAGAGUGGCGUAACUUGGGUGGAUGGAAUCUCCUGGAUCUCAUGUACAAAGACCCAGCAAAGUGGGCAAUGACCUUCCAAGCUUAUGUUUCUUUGACAAUGCUGGACAUGCACAGGAGACCCACAGCGACACCUGUGAAAUUGAUGGAAAGAUCCAUCUACAGUGCCAGAUAUUGCUUUGUGGAACACAUGAAGAACAAUGGCACUAUUCACCCAGCCCAGUUUGCAGUUCUUGACGAGUGGUUCAGAUUUAUUCACCACCACAUUCCUAUUGAGGCUGAUCUCAUAGUCUAUUUAAAGACUACCCCCUCUAUUGUGCACGAGAGGAUCAAGAAGCGUGCGCGAUCUGAAGAGCAAUGUGUCCCACUGUCCUAUAUAGAAGACUUACACAAGUUGCAUGAAGACUGGCUCAUCAACAGGACUCAUGCUGAGUGCCCAGCUCCUGUAUUAGUAAUUGAUGCUGACUUAGAUCUCUCACAAAUCACAGAAGAGUACAAGAAAAGUGAACACCAGAUCUUAAGAAAGGCUGUUGAUGUGGUUAUGAACUCACCUAACAAGCUCAGUCCAAAGAAACCUAUCAGUACCACUCCCAUCAAAAUUGUGCCUCAAUUUCGAUUAUAAUAUUUAUUGAGGUAUUACCUAUUAUGGCAUUCACAACAAAAUUUUAAUUUGAUAUCAUGAAUGUAAUUAUGGAUAUUCAUGUAUAAUUCCUUUCUAACUUUUCCACUGACUUAAUUACCAAAAACUAUGUAUGUUGGUAGUUUGAUUCUCUUAGUAUGUAAUAUUAAUUUUAAGAUCAUUGAAUUUCUUCUUAACUGUUAAGAAGAUUUAGACUUAUACCAAUUUGGUUGGAAACCAAUAUAAAUAUGUAAAUUUAUAUUUUUGCCACACGGAUGUUGAAUACAAUAUAAAACUAGACAUUAUUCGCUAAUUUAUAAAAUUUAUGACAUCAAAGUAUAUAACUGUACUGUAUUUAACUGGUGUUUUGUAUUAAGUAUUUUAGAUUCAUGCUUUAAUAUAAUUUAAUUUGGCAUUUUGACUUGUAUUUUCGAAUAAAUACACGUAAAAUAUGUAUA